CUGAAGCAGAUUUUUGGCACUAAACAAACCAAAGUGUUUGUAUUAUUAAAAGCAGCACUUUUCAAAUAGAACUAAGACAUAUCAAGAUUUAAAACAUAAAUAUCUUGGAAUAAUCAGAAGAGCAACAUGGGAGAAACUGAGAAAAGGAUCGAAACCCACAGAAUAAAAUGUCUUUCCAAGGUGAAGAUGUUUUUGUUGGCAUUAACUUGUGCAUAUGUAUCCAAAACACUAUCUGGAUCUUACAUGAAUUCCAUGCUCACACAAGUAGAGAGACAAUUCAAUAUCCCGACAUCUCUAGUUGGAUUUAUUAAUGGGAGCUUUGAAAUUGGAAAUCUUUUGUUGAUUAUAUUUGUGAGUUAUUUUGGAACUAAACUACAUAGACCUAUAAUGAUUGGUGUUGGAUGUGUGGUUAUGGGAUUAGGGUGUUUCUUAAUAUCGCUACCUCAUUUCCUCAUGAACCGAUAUGAAUAUGAAUCUACAGUUUCAGUUUCAAGCAACUUGUCCUCAAACAGUUUCUUGUGUAUGGAAAAUGGCAACCAGACUUCAAGACCAACACAAGAUCCAUCAGAGUGUGUGAAGGAAGUUAAGUCAUUAAUGUGGGUAUAUGUACUGGUAGGAAAUAUUAUACGUGGAAUGGGUGAAACCCCCAUCAUGCCUUUGGGUAUUUCCUAUAUAGAAGAUUUUGCCAAAUCUGAAAACUCUCCUUUGUAUAUUGGGUUUAUAGAAACAGGAGCUAUCAUUGGUCCUUUGAUUGGACUUUUGUUAGCGUCAUUCUGUGCAAACAUUUAUGUAGACACUGGAUCUGUAAACACAGAUGCUCUGACCAUAACUCCCACUGAUACUCGUUGGGUUGGUGCAUGGUGGUUUGGCUUUUUGAUCUGUGCAGGAGUGAAUGUCCUCACUGCCAUUCCUUUUUUCUUUUUGCCCAAAACGCUUCCAAAGGAGGGACUAGAGGGUAAUGCUGACAUCAUUAAAAAUGACAAAGAAGAAAUACAGAGAGGAGAGGUCAAGAAGGAAAAGAAUGGAAUCACUAAAGAUUUUUUACCAUUCAUGAAAAGUCUCUCCUGCAAUCCAAUUUACAUGCUUUUCAUACUUAUAAGUGUGUUACAGUUCAAUGCAUUUGCUAGCAUGUUCUCCUUUAUGCCUAAAUAUCUGGAACAACAAUAUGGAAAAUCAACUUCUGAUGCAAUCUUUCUCAUUGGUAUUUAUAACUUACCUCCAAUAUGCAUUGGAUAUAUUGCUGGUGGUUUAAUUAUGAAGAAGUUCAAGAUUACCGUUAAACAAGCUGCCCACAUAGGAUGUUGGUUAUCUGUAAUUGAGUACCUUCUCUAUUUUUUAUGUUUUCUUGCGACUUGUGAUAAUUCUCCAGUUGCUGGCAUAACUACCUCUUAUGCAGGAAUCCAACAAGAUUUAUAUGUGGGAAAUAAAGUCCUUGAUGACUGCAAUAGAGCUUGCAACUGUCCAACUAAAACAUGGGAUCCUGUAUGUGGCGACAAUGAUUUAUCAUAUAUGUCAGCUUGUCUAGCUGGUUGUGAGACAUCCUCUGGAACUGGAUUGAACAUGGUGUUUCAAAAUUGUAGCUGCAUUCGAACAUCAGGAAAUUCAUCUGCAGUUCUUGGGCUUUGUGACAAAGGCCAUGACUGCUCCAUGAUGCUCCAGUACUUUCUAAUCUUGUCGACAAUUAGCAGUUUUAUUUAUUCUUUAGCUGCCAUACCUGGAUAUAUGGUUCUCCUGAGGUGUAUCAAAUCUGAAGAGAAGUCUCUUGGUGUGGGAUUACAUGCAUUUUGCACAAGAAUAUUUGCUGGCAUUCCAGCACCAAUAUAUUUUGGAGCUUUAGUGGACUCUACCUGUUUACAUUGGGGAACUUUGAAAUGUGGUAAGCCAGGGGCAUGCAGAAUAUAUGAUUCAACAAACUUCAGACACAUCUACCUUGGAUUGCCAGCAGCACUAAGAGGAUUAAGUUUUAUUCCUGCCUUUUUGAUCCUGAUUCUUUUGAGAAAGCGUCAUCUACCUGGUGAAAAUGACCCUUCAGKAACUGAGCUUGCAGUGACGAAGAUUACAGAGAAAGAAAAAGAAUGCAAAGAUGUUCAACAAAAUUCCAAGGUUUUGAAUGAUGAAGAAAUGAAAACUAAACUAUAG